AUGUCGACCUCUGUCAAACCACUCGUCUUCGUCACCGGUGCUUCCGGAUUUCUCGGCUCUGUCGUCGUCAACGAGCUGCUGCAAGCGGGCUACCCAGUUAGAGGUGCUGCCCGUGGGCGGAAGGUAGCCGCCAUACGAGAAGCCUUUGCGAAGUACCCGCAAUUCGAGGCUGUCGAGAUCCCCGACCUCGCGACUGCUGACUACACUGACGCGCUCGCGGGUGUUGGCGCCAUCAUCCACACCGCCGCGCCGAUUCCUGGGCGCGCCGAUAGCGAGACGGCUUUCCGAAGCGCUGUUGAUGGCUCACUCAACAUUCUCCGCGCGGCAAACAGCGCUGGGAUCCGCAAAGUGGUCGUCACUGGCUCCACCGUCACGUUCCCCGAGGACUCGUUUGGUGCAGAUGACUGGGUGGCUGUGACCAAAGAGCAAGCUCUUGAAGGAAACCCCUUCUUGCUGUACAUCGCAGAGAAGAAGUUCAGCGAACAAGCCAUCCUCAAAUACGCUAGCGAGAACCCGGAGAUGGAUAUUACAAUUUUCAACCCACCCUGGAUUUUCGGCCCUCUCGCACCAGGCUUCGAGUCCAUUGUGCCCACGCCCGAGGGUGCCUUUGCCGCGUUUUCCACGGAUGGCUUCGUCUACCAGCUGCUCCGCGCAGACAACAAGAACUACCACUACUCCCCGGGCACAAUCGACGUCAGGGAUGUCGCCCGCAUCCACAUCGCCGCCCUCUCCGCUCCCACCCCGAAUGGCUCGCGUCCUCGCCGGGUUCCCAUUCUCUCGCCAUACCAGACCGACUUCCGCGAGGCCAUCCAGUUCAUCUACGCCGAGCGGCCCGAGCUGAGAGCGCGGCUCGCCGAUCCGGAGACCGUUCCGCGCUGGCCCACGUACAAACGGGAGGUCGACUUGACGCCGGUGGAGAAGUCGUUUGGAUUCCCCGUCUCGGCGUUCAAGACGUGGCGCGAAACGAUCCUUGACGCAGUCGACCGCUUCAUCGAAAUCGAAAACAACUGGAAGAGCAAGGGCCUCGCGUUCGAGGUGCCCACGGAGCCACCAAUGUAA